GAGCCUAGUUGGCUACAUCACGUUCCGAGAUGCAGUCUCGUGCGCAACUCGAGAGAUCAAAAGGGACAAGUGAACCAGUUGCUUUGCUAGAAUAACUCAAGGGACAAAUAGUCAAUCGGAGUGGGUGAGUAUUUAUAGUCUUGUGCAUUAAUGAGGCUCCGUCUCUGGGCUCUUUGACUCAGAGCGCGCGGAGAAUGGGCGCCUCACAGCCCUGGGUACCGUUGGAGUGCAUAAAAACAGACCAGACAACUUUUACCUUUCAACCAACAGAUUCAGCGAUGGCACCUCGUGCAUUCGGCGCUGGAAAAGCCUAACAGGUCUCUCACCCAGCCCCUCUCCCAUGUCACCGAGACGUCUCCAUGGCAAUGUUUCGCGUCACUGAACGCUUCUUCUGGAAUGACUCGGAAGGGAUUUGGGAAGACCUCCUCCAUGGGAAUUCCUCUGGUGGUUGGGAGGAGGAUACAGAGUGUAACUACUAUGCCAUGCUGUAUUCCCUGCUCAUCCUGGCCAUCAUGUUUGGCAACGUGCUGGUGUGUCUGGCUGUGGUGCGAGAGAGGUCCCUCCAGACCACCACCAACUACCUGGUGGUGAGCCUGGCUGUAGCUGACCUGCUGGUGGCCUCGCUGGUCAUGCCCUGGGCUGUCUACCUGGAGGUGGUCGGAGGGGCGUGGCUCUUCAGCAGGGUGUACUGUAACGUCUUUGUCACCCUGGAUGUCAUGAUGUGUACCGCCAGCAUUCUCAACCUGUGUGCUAUCAGCAUCGACAGGUACACAGCGGUGGUGAUGCCUGUCCUCUACAACACCACACACAGCUCCAGGAAGCGGGUCUCGGCCAUGAUCGCGACAGUAUGGAUCCUGGCCUUCGCUGUCUCCUGCCCCCUUCUGUUCGGAUUCAACACAUCAGACGACCCGACGGUGUGCUCCAUCUCCAACCCUGACUUUGUAAUCUACUCGUCGGUGGUGUCCUUCUACCUGCCCUUCAUCGUCACCCUGCUGGUGUACAUCCGCAUCUACAUCUUCCUCAGGAAGAGGAGGAAGAGGAUUGCCAUCCGCCAGGGCAGCAGCGGGAAGGACCAGCCAGGUUCGACCCAGCCCUCCGCGGUGAGAACACAGUCAUGUGGUCCCACAGUGACUGUGCAAAUGAACAUGGAAGAAAAGUGUCUGCAGGAGGAGUCCCCCAAGGAGAACAGAGACCUGUCCCCCAUUAGGAUCAAAGUGGAGAGUAUAGAGCCGGCAGGGCCCCCUAAAGCUCACCUCCUGUCUGGGUGUCUGCGGCGUAAGCGUCCCCGGACGGCCCCUGUGGAGAACACACUGCUGCCCCCGGUGGACAUCCAGAACUACUGCAGCAUCAGCCACGCCUCCUGCGGCCGCACUGAGUACGACCGCGCCGAGGAAGAGGUGGCCAAAGCGAAAGAGCGUAUUCCUGUGCGGAGGAGCUGCGAGGUCAAGGAGCUGUCCAAUGGACGCAUUCACACGGCACUCCGUCCCGCCCCCCACUCCCAGUCCCUGACCAGCCAACAACAACAUCGAGUCAGGAGCAUGCAGAACAGGGAGAAGAAGGCUACGCAGAUGCUGGCCAUUGUGCUUGGGGUGUUCCUGAUCUGCUGGCUGCCAUUCUUUGUGACUCACAUCCUGAACACCCACUGCAGGACGUGUCGUAUUCCCCCAGAGCUCUACAGCGCCUUCACCUGGCUGGGCUACGUCAACAGCGCCCUCAACCCCGUCAUCUACACCACCUUCAACAUCGAAUUCAGACGCGCCUUCAUCAAGAUCCUCAGCUGCUGAGAACACCAUGGUCCACCAUGACCGGGUCAUAGCCAUGCUCCUGACCUGUACUGGACUGCACUUUGGGCCCGGCAUCCCUGAGUAUGGAUAAGAUACAUGAGCCAUGGCCUCAGCCUGAGUACCCAUUAUCAGGGCAAUGACUGUCCUUUAUCGAGAUCAUUGUCAGACCAGGGUUCUGAGCUGUACUGGACCUCAGGCCAGCCACACCUGAGCAUGGAUACAUGAGCCAUGACCGUCCAUCUUAAGGGUCAAUGACUCGUCUUCAUUGAAACCAUCUCCUGCCGAGAGGAUAGGUCCAUAAUGACCAUGUCUGACCAUUCUGUUCCACGGGUCCUCUCAGCACACUGGUCCUCUCAGCACACUGGUCCUCUCAGCACACUGGUCCUCUCAGCACACUGGUCCUCUCAGCACACUGGUCCUCUCAGCACACUGGUCCUCUCAGCACACUGGUCAUCUCAGCACACUGGUCCUCUCAGCACACUGGUCCUCUCAGCACACUGGUCCUCUCAGCACACUGGUCCUCUCAGCACACUGGUCCUCUCAGCGCAC